GCCUUUGAGCAGAAAUGCCGGCAGCUGGAGCCCACACCCCCACCAGACACUCUCUCCCGGCACAGACCCCCGAGAGAGACCCCCGGCAAGGCUCUGUCUCCUCGGGGCCCUGAGGAGUCCAAAGCCAUGAACGCUCUACAAAGAGCCAAUAGCCUGAGGAAUUCAACUCCCAGCCGGAGAAGAACAUUCCAGUCAAAUCCGGCAUCAGGGAAUGGUAGAGCAGAGCUGCCUGUCCCUCAAAGGGAUGAGUCUCCUUUCCUCUCUGCGUCCUCUUCAUCUUCUCUGUCUCUCUCUCCACCACCUUCAUCGACCAGUAGUACUUCAGAGAAUGCUCUAGAACCUUCCACCUGGAGUCAGGUGGCACCUUGCAACCCCCCCUUGCGAAUCUCAAGGGGCCAUUUCAGUCCUUCCACCCAGAGCACUGGGAGACAAGUAAGAGUCCAGGAAGCACCCACGGAAAUACCCAUCUACCUGCCCCACGGCCCAAAGCUGGAGCAGGAAGUGCCCCACGGGGGAAGGCUGAGCCCAGCUCACAUUCCAAGCCCGCGGCCACCCAGCCCUGCCCGAGCCCGACCUGAUGGACCUCGGGAAACAGAUGCCGAGAGCCAUGGUGGAGCCUUGCAGCCCUGGAGAGUGGAGGACAGGUUUAGGCCAGACCUUAAGCUUCCUCCCGGGGCUAGAGAGGACCAGGAGGCAGAAGGCUGGAGCACUGGGAGCCAGAGGGGAGAGGCAGGCGGAUCAGAACCCAAGGAGGGGAAGAAAACCCGCCUGAAGAAGUUAGAGCUCACGGCCGAGCAGAAGAGCAGGCUGCUGGAUUGGGACAAUGCCAUCCCAGACAGCACGCCCGCGGUGGGGCCCGGGACCGGGCAGCCUCACACAGCAAAGCAGGGGCUGAAGUCAGAGAGCCCCUCGCAGCUUCUGUCCACGUGGAGAAAACCCCUGACAGGCGCCCGCGAUGCCCGCGAGAAGACACCAGAGGAGCAGAGCCCCGGGGAGCGCAUGGUGACGCCCCCCAAGUCCCCGCUGCAGAUCGUCGCCAACGCCUUCCGCAGCUUCUUCCCCAGCUCGGAUAGUGGCAAGAAGGCGGCCACCAGCGCGCCCCAUGCGUAUGCACGCUCGCUCAGCCUGCGGAGUGCCACGAAGGACUGGAAGGCGCAGGCCACAGGCAGGGCCUCCUCCCUCCGCUCCUGGGGCACCCUCACGGCCAGGACUGCCCAGCCCGCCUACCCCAACCCCAUGGACUCUGCCUUCCGCACCCGAAGUUUGCCUAACCGGGCCUCCAAGAUGUUCCCUGCAGUGGGGCGCGCCCAGUGCAGCCGACUAGACGACGUCCCUUCCCUCCUGGAAAAAGUGAGUCUGCAAGAGACCUUUCCCGACGCCGGCAAGGUUCCUAAGCGAAGCUUCUUCUCCUCCCUCAGACUCAAAGACAAGCCCCUGGAGUACUUGUUCCAAGAACCCAGGCCAAGGAAGGAACUCUGGGAGUCCUUCAGCAGCGCCCCCGGGAGCACGCUGCCUCCCUCAGUGGCCUGUGCCCAGCCCCAGGAGAAGCUGGUCCAGCCCCUCCGAGGCUCCCGCCUGGGUCGCAGGGUCCACCCAGAGGACGAUGCAAGUCCCCAGCUCCUCUCCAGCAACAAGCCUGAGGCAGAGACUCUCUCCUCCAUGUCCUCCACCGCCUCCUCCUCAGCGGAUGAAGAAUCCAAUCCUCUGUCUUCUUUGCAGUCAAAGGAGAAGAAGACACUUAAAAGAAGAAAGAAACUGGAAAGGGAAACAAAGCAACUGGUCAAGCAAGCAGAAUUGAAACGCCUUUAUAAAGCACAGGACAUCCAGAGGCAGUUGGAGGAGGUGGAGGAGAAGCAGAGGGCAUUGGAGAUCCAGGGCGUGUGGCUGGAGAAGGCGCUCAGAGGAGAAGCAGCAGAUUCAGGCACACAGGAUGAAGCACAGCUUUUGCAGGAAUGGUUUGAGCUGGUUCUGGAGAAGAAUAAAUUAAUGCGCUAUGAGUCGGAGCUACUGAUCAUGGCCCGAGAACUAGAAUUAGAAGAUCAUCAAAGCAGACUGGAACAGAAGCUAAGAGAGAAAAUGCUCAAGGAGGAGAGCCAGAAAGAUGAGAAGGCUCGAAAUGAGGAGGAAGAAAUAAUCAAGGAGAUGAUGCAAGUGAUUGAGCAAAGGGACAGGCUCGUAGAUUCCUUGGAGAAACAACGCAUCAAAGAAAAGGCCGAAGACCAGCACUUUGAAAGUUUCGUCCUCUCCAUGGGCUGUCAGAUGAGCAGGACAUGAACAGGUGCAGUGAGCAGAGCCCCUCCCCCGGACGCCCGUGGACAGGACUCAGAGCACCUCAGGCACUUCCUUUGAACCUUUGAAGGACUGGUCCUACCUGGAACUUGUUACACCUGCUGCAAUAUUUUUUUUUAAUUAAAAUUUUCUUAUUUGUACAACAGCUGCCCAAGAUCCUUUCAGAGAUUAUAAUGAAGAAAACACAAAGAUUCUUGAAAUUGGCGAUUUUAACAGGUUUCUCAGACUAGAGAUGACCUUGGCAAGCAAACAGCCAUUGUCUUCCCUAGAAAGUGACACAGAAACCCGCUCUCUGGCUGCUUUUAUCAUUUAACUCCCCAGUUCAGAGAGUUGAUGUAUUUUUAAGAAGCUGCCUUUUUGUUAAUACAGCCAUAUUUGCCACCCCCCCUUUUUUUUUCUGCAUGGAUGACCAGUUUCCAAAUGUCAGAAAGCUGCUGCUACAGUUGAAAGAUUAGGUUAAUAUUUAAAUGGUGUUUCCAGAGAAAAAGGAAAAACCUUGAGAUUACUGAUUACAGAAAGCAAAUAACUCAUAUGGCAGGUGUUAAUUCAAUCCCUGGUGAAUUUAAUUUACCAGGUGUAUUUAUAAGCUUUAAUAUAAUAUACAUAAGCAAUGAGAGUUUAAUAAAACAUUUGAGGCUGAAUUUUACUUUAAGGAAGAAAGACAAAAGGAAAGAAAACUUUAAC